CCCGUUGGCAGCACUGUUUAUGGCGGCUGUCAAGAAACGAAACCGAAAAUUGUCAUCUGUCCUCAUGUUUAUUGCUAAUUGUUUAAUUUUUUAGUUACAGUGAAGCAACAAAGAUAUGGCCGAUUCAGCGAGCGAAUCUGAUUCGAGCAGCAUAGACGGCGGCCCCAUCAUGAUGCCUCCGAGCCCCAUCACGAGAGAGCAACUGCAGAAGCGAAUCGAAAGUCUCCAGCAGCAGAACCGGGUGCUGAAGGUGGAGCUGGAGACGUACAAGCUGAGGGUGAAGGCCUUGCAGGAGGAAAAUCGGGGCUUGCGCCAGGCUUCGGUCAUCAUACAAGCGAAGGCCGAGCAAGAAGAGGAGUUUAUUUCUAACACGUUGCUGAAGAAGAUUCAGGCGCUGAAGAAGGAGAAGGAGUCGUUGGCGCAUCAUUAUGAGAGGGAGGAGGAGUGUCUCACGAACGAUUUGUCGAGGAAACUGACUCAGCUGAGGCAGGAGAAGUGUCGGCUUGAACAAACUUUAGAACAGGAACAAGAGUGCCUUGUCAACCGUCUAAUGAGGAAAAUCGAGAAACUUGAGGCUGAAACUCUUGCCAAACAGAGUAAUUUAGAGCAGUUGCGUCGGGAGAAGGUCGAACUCGAGAACACCCUCGAGCAAGAACAGGAAGCCCUCGUCAACAAGCUGUGGAAGCGGAUGGACAAGCUCGAGGCCGAAAAGCGCAUGCUCCAAAUAAAGCUCGACCAGCCGGUGUCCGACCCGGCGAGUCCACGCGACAUCAACAACGGCGACACCGCCACCAAUCUCAGCGCCCACAUCCAGACUCUGCGCUCGGAGGUGGCGCGGCUAAGGCAGACGUUGGCCAUCAGCCAGCAGGAGCACACCCAGAAGAUGCAGAGAUACGCCCAAGAGGAACGUAACAUCAAGGAGGAGAACCUCAGGUUGCAGCGCAAGCUGCAGCUGGAGGUGGAGAGGCGCGAGGCGCUGUGCAGACAUCUGUCGGAGAGCGAAAGCUCGCUGGAGAUGGAGGAGGAGAGGCACUACAACGAGCAGGUGUUGGGGGCCAGGCAGCAUACGGUUUCGCCCGUUCCGUACAAUCCGUCGCCCAGUCAGAGUCGUCCGCUCAGUCCAGGUUUGUCUUCGAUGCAAGCCCCGUCACCUCGAGACUCGCUCGUCGUGGGUGGCCCCCCUCGUUGCCCAGCUUGUGGUCAAUUACUGACAUCGGCUUGCGUGUCGUCUGCAUUACACAACGUAGGUUCAAGCAGCCCUCCAGCUCCUCCCCACAGGAGGACUAGCGAAAGAUUCAUCAAACCGGCGCUUCCAGCACCACAACCAGCUAGUCCGAUGGAUACUUCAAUCACUAAGGAAUAAGAAUAAGGUGGUGAAAAGAUUUGUUGGAUUUCUCUGCAUGUUAUUUGUAUAAGAGCUUCAAGUUCUAAACAAAUAAAUUUAAUAAAACUACAUGGUGUUACUGUGAAGCUAUUGGAUACAUUGUUUUUCCUUGUUUAGAUAUUACUGAAUUUUCGAUUUGGGCAGCUGUGUUUUCAUUGAUUUCAGGAUCUGCUUUGCUUUUAAUAUGUGUACUUAAUGAUGUAUAAUGUAAAGGGAGCUUUAUUAUGGUUAGCUCUAAGAAUAUUUCCAUAUUUAAAUGUUCAUAAGUGAUUUUUCAACUAGUAAGGCAAAUUAUUUGUCACAGGACUUAUGCCAUGUCGAAACAUUGCCAACAAUUUUCACAAUGUUUGUGAUAUAUAAACUUUCGUUAAGAGAAUGUGACAGAAUUUGUUGAUGUAAUCUUUUAGGUUUUGUUCACUUUUGUACACCGCGUUCUGCCAACUUUUAUUUCUAAUAUUCGUACAAUAUUUUAAUCAUGCAAUAAUAAAAAUAGCUUUAAAUAACGUCUUUGAUAGUUUAUAUUCACACAAUUUUAUUUGUAACACCAUUUCAAUUGUUCAAUUGAAAUGUUGUAGCCGAUUGCGAUUUGUUACAUUCAAUAACACUAGAAAUUACUGAUUAAAGACUAUUUAGUUUAGAUUUAGGUGUUUUUUAGAUUAACAUUAUUCUCAAAAAUUGACACUACAGGUGGCAAUUCAAAAAUUUUGAAAAGUGAUAUUAGGAUAUAAAUUGUUUUCAUUGGUGAUUUGUGAAUUUAUAAAGUUGAUUUGUGCCACAGCCAAGUAUUUCUAUUGAUAACAAAAACGCAAAAGAAUCUUCCUUAUUAAUAACUUUCAAAGCCAAUGAAAAAUAUCAAUGACUAUUCAGGGUCAUGCUGUAGUCUAGGAUAACAUUUUGUUACUGUAAGUUGAAAUAUUUGUUAUGUUUUUAGUAAACUGAUGUAUUUUUCCUGAUAACGUUGUUUUUAUCUUGUUUGUUGUAACAUUUAUUGUAACAUCAACGUUUGGCAAAUGCUAUGAACGAAUUUGUUCAGGAGGUAACUUGGCCUAUCGUGUCAUUACAGUUUCUGAUUGUACAGUCCCAGAGACAGAUGAUUCUGAACCAACUGGCUUACGAAUUUCCUGUAAUCUGUAUGCUACGAAUUAUUUUAUAUUUUAAUAAUUUGUAAUGAGGUUGAAUAAUAUGUACUGGUUUUUAAAUAAUAAUAAACAUCUAAAAAGAAA